AUGAAACACAAGGACAUUGUCACAAACAGUACAACAGAGGGAGAUGUUGAGUUCUCUGGUUUGAUAAAUGAUCAGACAAGAUAUCUGCUGGAGGUCAUCUUCUUCACUGGGUUUACUGGAUCCAUUAGCUUCUUGGGAACCAUUGCCAAUAUCAUCAACAUUGUCGUCUUCUGUAAGCAGGGCUUCUCCGACUCCGUCAACAUCAGUUUCCUGGCUCUGGCAAUCUCUGACGUUGGUUCUCUGGUCACGCUGGUGUGGCAAGGCGUCUGUUUCAAUCCCUACUUCCAUAAAGCGGACAUCCCCUUUGAGUCCAGAGACGUACAAUAUUUAACUGCAGGUUGGCCACAUGUCUGUUUCGCUCGCAUUACGAGUUGGAUCACCGCCUUUAUCACGUUCGAGCGUUGUCUCUGCAUCUCUGUGCCCCUGAAGGUCAAGCUCAUCAUAACUUCUAAAAGGACGCUCUACAUCAAUGCCGGCAUUUUCCUCACCAUGUUCGCCAGCGUCUCCCCUGUCUACUACGCCAUCAACAUAGGGCCAAAGUUUUUUCCCGGUAGAAACGAAACCCUGCUGGGUUUGGUCUACAAACCGGACGGUGCAGACAUUGAGAACGUCUCCUUCUCCAUCAACGUGUUCGCUCAACUCAGCUCAGUUUUGUUCGUGAUCAUCUGCACUUGCGUUCUUAUUCACAACCUCGUUCUGAAAUCAAAAUGGCGCAAGUCGACUCAGUCGUCUGCGGCGACUGCAAGAAGUGCUGCUUCAGGAUCCGGAGAAAGUGGAAUGUCUUCGAAAGAAAAACGAGUGGUAAAAUUGGUGACAUUAAUAUCGUGUAUUUUCAUUGCUUGUUUUCUGCCCAGCGCUGUGAAUCUCAUUCUCAUGAUCUCCUCGGAUGACUACAGCAUUGUGGGAAAGUACCGGAACAUGUUCCAGGUAUCGUGGUCCAUGCUCAACACUCUCGAGGCCACCAACUGUUCUGUCAACAUUUGCGUCUACUACACCAUGAGCUCAAAGUAUAGGGCCGUCUUCACAAGUUUGUUUGCAAAGAAAAACAAAAACUGA